UUGUCCCCUUUUACCUCUUUACUACUUUCCCAUAACAAAUGGUCCCUUCCUUCCCAAUUCAUAGUAGCAAUUUAAAAAUGGUCCUAAACCACAAUUUUUGUGUUCACAACUACACACAUAGCAUUGAUGUUAAUCAACUUCCCCUUCCAACCUACUUGAAAGCUCCCUUUCUACCACCUCACACUUUCCUUCGUUCUCUCAUCUUUUCCAUCUAACCCUAAAAAAUCUCCCUCAACAACAUAAUACCUAUACAAUCCUCAUUACCCCAAAAUGUUCUAAAAUAGAAAUUCACAAACCAAACUCAAAAAGGUAUCUUUUUUAAAGAGAAGUAGCAAAAGUAACCACAACCCAUUUUUCUUAAUUUAGUGUUCUCAAAUUUUGCAAUCAUGGGUUGUUCAGCUUCAAAAACAACAACAAUUGUUGCUAACAAACAUCAUCAUCAUGAGGAUUCAAUAACAACAACACCUUCUAUUUCUCUUCAAUCUUCUUCUUCAUCAACUUUUUCUUUUUCUCCUUCUUAUGCUUCACAUUACUUCAAUUCUUCACCACCAAUUAGAAAAGCUUUAUCACUAACAAUGCCUUUAAUUCAUCACCCUCCAACCAAAAAAGGUGACACUCAUCACCUUGUUUCACUCACUUCCACUACUUAUGGUUCUCUUCUAUUAAUUGACCAAAAAGUCCCUAACUUUACUUCUCAUGAAGAAACCCAUCUCAAAAAAACCACUCAAAUUGAAGAACAAUCAUUGUCUCCUGAUUCUGUCAUCAAUACAUGGGAACUCAUGGAUGGUUUGGAUGAACAUGAACAUGAACAUGAAGAUUCUCAUCAUAAAGCUUCAAUUUUUAACAACCCAAUGAGUUUCUCAGACAAACAUAGUUCAUGCAGGUACACAACAUUUGAUGGGUCUGCAAAAAAGAAUCUUCUUGAUUCUUUUGAAUCAUUGAGAGCUUCAGAAGCAGUAAUGGAAGAAAAAACUUGUUCUUCCAAAAAACUUGUCAAGAAACCUCUAUGGCAACAUUUAUCAGAAGAAGCUUUACUUGCUAAGUUAGAUCCAAGUGUUGCUUGGAGUUAUAGAAGAGCAUUGUCAUCAAGAAACCUAGGUGGUGUCAACAACAACAGCAGCAAAAAUCUGUUCAGAGGUGUAAGAUCAAUGGAAUCAAGUCCUAUGAAUCCUUGUUCAUCUUUGUUUGGUAAAAGUUUGUGUCUUUUACCUGGUACUGAAAACAGAAUAGUGGUUUAUUGCACAAGUUUAAGAGGGAUUAGAAAGACUUAUGAAGAUUGUUGUUCAGUGAGAAUGAUUUUGAGAGGAUUUAGAGUUGCAAUUGAUGAGAGAGAUAUUUCUAUGGAUUCAUCUUAUAGGAAGGAAUUGCAGAAUGCACUUGGUAGCAAAUCAGUAGUGAAAUUGCCACAGGUUUUUAUUAGAGGGAAACAUGUGGGAAAUGCAGAUGAUUUGAAACAAUUGAAUGAGUCUGGUGAAUUGGCUAAAAUGUUACAUGGUUUUCCAACUCAAGAUCCUUGGUUUGUUUGUGACAAAUGUGGUGAUGCAAGGUUUGUGCCUUGUAGUAAUUGCAAUGGUAGCAGAAAAGUGUUUGAGGAAGAACAAGGAAAAUUGAAAAGGUGUGUUCAUUGUAAUGAGAAUGGUUUGAUAAGAUGCACAAGUUGUUGUUCAUGAAUUAGUGAUGAUGAUCAAAAUUAUUGAUAUUGUUUAUCUUUUUAUUAUUGUUAUUUUUCUUGGAUUGAAUUUGUUUUGAUAAAUUUGGCAGCUUCUAUGAAUGAAUGGAUAUGCAUAUUUUAAUUUC